AUGGGAGGCAGAAACCGCGGGAAUCGUCGUCGCCGUCAGGCACCCCUCCAGGUCUGUUUGUGUCGUGUGUGUGUGUGUGUGUGCACUUCUGGUGUGUGAGCCAAGAGCUGGGCAAUCAUUGUCGAGGGGUCAUGUCGACGAACGAGCCCAAGCCAUCGCCCGAUAUGGUCGACAGCUGGCAGGUCAUGGUGCCCACGCAGUCAGAAGCAACGACGCGAGAAUGAGGUAUGCUGAAGGAGGGAGGGUGAAGGAGGGAGGGUGAUGAGGGAAGAAUAGGGAAGAAGGAGGCAUGUCGGGAGCCAUUCUGGGCUGUGCUGUGCUCCUCAUCUUUCACAGCACGUCAAGGAGGCGCCCGGCUCGCCCACCGCAAGCACAAAGAGCGCUGAGUCGAGUUCCCACAAGGUAUGCAGAGCGACUUACAUGCGCAUACACGCGCGCGACUUGUUCGUUUUGGUGUGUGUGUAUGGUCACCUCAGAGUUUCAGCCAGCCGAAGGUGAAGAAAGUGAGCACAAGGCGCGAAUGGUGUAUGCAUGAAUGGCUGUCUUGUCUCUUCAGGUUUGGGUGCCGAAGCUGGUGCAACCCAAGGUCACCGACACGGUAUGCAAAAUGUGUCGUGGACCUGGGGUUUUUGUGUGCACUGAUGUCUGUGUCAGAUCUGCAGGUGAGCACGGCGCCCACAUUUCGAACACGCAUGCCUGAUGAAUCGCUGGUGUGUUUGUCUUGUCAGGACUUCUCCGGUCUGCCGAGCCGUCAGGACAACAGCAAGACCAGUGGCAACUCGGGCAAGGUGUGUAGAAGUGUACGCACGACGACAUACACGUGUGCAUGCCCAUAUGUGUGUACUUCACUGCAGCCUGUGACUGAGGAGACAGUUUGGGGCACGUCUGUGCCCGCAACCACCACCACCAUGGCCACGAGAGUGCGCAAAGCUUAGACACACACUCACAUCCGCGCAUCGGCAACGAGAUGAUGGCACGUCUGUCUGUGUGGGUGUGCUCAGGUGUGCGGACAUUCCUGUAAGGACCACGACAAGAACCACACCAAGGUGAACAGCAACGACCACCACAAGGUGCGCACCAUGCACACACACACGCGCACACACACGUGCACACACAUGCAUCCACGUGUCACACAUUGCCUGCAUAUCUGUGUGAUUUCGUAGAAGAUGGAGUGCUGGUGGUGCUCUCACAUCGGGCACAAAAUGAGCCACUGCCCGGAGAUCUGGGCACUCCCCGCCGAGAUGCGAGUGGAGAUCCUGGGUUUGUAGGUAUGCAUGUCUGUGUGGCACGUCUCUGUGUGAACGUCUUUGUGUAUGCAGCAUGUGGAUGUGGAGUGCUGGUACUGCCAAUGCCGCGGCCACAAGAUGAGCCGCUGCCCGCAGGUCCUCGCACUGCCCUUGGAGCUGCUCCUCGGCCGCUAGGACACCCAAUCACCCACACCCACACACGCCCACACAGACAGCGACCGAGGGCAUCAAGGUACGUAAAACCAUUGGAUGGCGGGUGCAGUCAGAUGGAGUGAUUUGUUUCCUGUCUCUUUGUAGGCCGUCAAUUGCUGCCUACGUUUUAUAUCCAAUCGGCCUCUUGUUCUCACUUCCGCAGCAGCUGUGUCUCGCAUGUCAGCGUGACCUCGAGGCUGACAACCAUCAUCGCAAGACCCAGGUGAUGUCACACGUGCAGAGAGACGAAGAUAUUCAUUCUGAUCUCUGUCUGUGUCCUGUGUUGCAGCUGGUCGAGUUGAUGAAGAUCAAGCUUCGCCAUGCUGAAAAGGACAGCAUCAACCUCAUCAACCAGCUGACGUCAAUAUGGGCCAACAAGAGGGUCAUCGAAGACUUACGUACUGACGACCGAUGUCAUUCCGUUUGCGUGUGUGUGUGUGAUCACAGAUGCUUGGAGUCCAGUUUGGCGCCCCUGCCAAGGACACCGUCGCCCGUCACGUCCAGACUACCAAUGUACGUUCACAACACGACACAGACAACACAAGACACACAGUCUCUCGCUCCCUCUACGCCUCCGUCCGUGCCGUCCGUCCACCCACCCUGCCAUCCAUAUGGGAGGGAAGUCGGGCGGCAAGAAGAGGCAGAUCCGUGUCAAGGCCGCCAAGAACGUAAGCGAGGGAGGAAGAUAUGGGCGGGAGGGGAGGGAGGGAGGCUGAUUCGCACCGGAGCGGACGCCUGUGCGUGGCUCCUGUUGGCAUGCCUUUUUCAGGCCAUGUCGGUCUCUGACGCCUCCGCCCCGUCAACGCCCAGCACCGCAAGUACCGCCAGCGCCACCGAGGUGCGCGAAUUACUGGCUCGCUGGGCGUCUCGUUGUUGCAGUUGUGUCUGUGAUUGCGGUGAUCUACAGGCACGAGUCAGGCUGCUCGAGCUGCAGCUGCGGGACAUAGCUGCCGACAACGUGCGCAAGACACAGGUGAUGAUGCUACACGGGGAGAGAGGCAGAAAAUAUUCAUGUUGAACUGUGUCUGUGUCCUGUGUUGCAGCUCAAUGAGUUGAUGACGAUGAAGCUUCGCAAUGCCGAGAAAGACAACAUCAACCUGCUGGAGCAACGUGUGUGCCAUGUGUGGCUCCUGACACGCCUACCUCCUCGACUGGCAGCGGUGACGCUGCCAGUGGAGGAGCGGACAAUGUACGCCUGACGGGCUGUGGGGCGUACAUCUUUGCUUCGUCUCUCAGGAAGGGAUUCGUCUGCUCAAGGAGAAGUUGCGCGCCGAGCGGGAGGUGUGGGCCAAGAAGGAGGCCUUCUUAGAGCAGGUUGGAGGGAGAGGGAAGGCGGGCUGAUGGCUGCCAACAACCUCUGCUGCCCUGUCUUUCAGGAGAUACUAGGUGUCUGCCGGGAGAACUCUGAGUUGAGCCUGGUAAGGUCAUCGACUAACAAAUGCCAAUCCGAAUGCCGUGUGGUGUGUGCGCAGGAGCUGGCGGCCGCCAAGGAUGACAACCACCAGCUACUCGAGUAG